AGAAGCUGUCAGACGCUGCCAGCAGUAGACGAGGAAGCAGUAUUAAGUGCAGAGCUAAGUGAACACUGUCUUUCCAGGCUGUAAAAACUAUAGUAUCUGCAACUUUUCCCAUUGUAUUGUCUAAUGAAUGGAAAGAUUAGAUAUCAGUCAUUGAGCUAAUUGUAGUCGCGUCCAUGGCUUGAUAAAUAAUGUGCAGAGUACACGAUUGAAGAGCAAGUGUAUUGACAAUUGAUAUCUGGAGAUAAUCAUGCUUCCUUUGAGACAGUUUGCUUGCAGUUGGUCGUGUCUCCUUAACAGUAGAGCACCAUGUGUGAAAACAUUGGUCCACGGAGAUCAGAGGAGACUGUUCAACACCUCAAACAGCCGUAUGACAAUAAUGCCUGCUUGGGUUAUCGAUAGAUACGGCAGCAAUGAUGUCCUACGGUUCACUAAAAACGCCGGCUUCCCAAUCAUCAACUAUCCGAAUGAAGUCGUCGUUCAAGUCCAUGCCGCAGGUCUAAACCCCAUUGACGUCAGCAUGAGAGGUGGGUAUGGGGCUGCCACUAUGGCCAUGAAGAGAGACCCCCUGAACAUCAACCAGUCGGGCAGUGAGUUCCCCCUCAUUCUGGGCCGAGAUAUGUCCGGAGUCAUCAUGGAGUGUGGUCUGGAUGUGGCACCAGCCUACUUUAAAGAGGGGGAUGAGGUGUGGGCGGCCAUUCCCCCAUGGAAACAAGGCAGCCUGGCUGAGUUUGUGGUGUUGAGUGCAAAUGAGGUGUCCAAAAAGCCCAAAUGUCUGAGUCACAUAGAGGCGGCGGCUGUUCCUUAUGUGGCUGCCACAGCCUGGUCUGCCCUAGUCAACACAGGAGGCCUCAACAAGGACAACUGUGCCAAGAAACGCAUUCUGAUCCUGGGAGGUUCAGGAGGAGUCGGAACAUUUUCCAUACAGAUGCUCAAGGCCUGGGGAGCCCAUGUUACAGUAACCUGCUCCCAGAAUGCCGAGCGGCUGGUGAGGGGUCUAGGGGUGGAUCACGUGGUGGACUACACAGCUGGGCCUGUUGAGGUGCCCCUGAGGGCACUGGAAAAGUUUGAUCUGGUUCUGGAUAACGUGGGCGGGGACACAGAGAGCUGGGCUCUGGGCCUGCUGAAGCCAUGGUGCGGCGCCAAGUACGUAACACUGGUAACGCCCUUCCUCCGUAACACUGACCGGCUGGGUAUCGCUGAUGGAAUGCUCCAGACCGGGGUCACCGUGGCAUCCAAGGCCCUCAAGCAUUUAUCCAAGGGAGUGCACUAUCGCUGGGGGAUGUUUGCACCCAACGGACUUGCCCUGGAUGACAUCAGCGAGAUGGUGGAUGCAGGAAAGAUCCGUGCGGUGGUGGAGGAGGAGUUUACCUUCUCCCAGGUGCCCCAGGCCAUGCUGAAGAUAGAGAAAGGACAUGCUCGGGGGAAGACUGUGGUCAAGAUCAGCAGCGGAGAGGACUCAUCCGAGUAACCAGCGAAAUGAUCCUUUAUGAUCGUCUGUGCUAAGGCUAUGACUGUGUGUCUGUCUGAGAAGAGGCUGCCUGUUGUAGCUAUGUGAUAAGUAAAACGUAUUCAAGUCCUUGA